AUGGAGGUGCCCCGUGUGCCCCCGGGUUCCUUCCCCCCCCCCCCAGGCGCGGCCGGCGCUGAAGGAGUUAACGAGUCUGGUUCCCAAGCGGGGGAGGGGUCGGGGGCGAUGCAGAAGCCGCAGCAGCCAGAGGGACGCUCGGAACCUGCCCAGGGCUGCUCAGCCGCCGGGACCCCCCCAGCCCCGGGAGCAGCCGCCCAGGGUGAGUCCAUGGAGCCCAAUGGCAGCAGCCCCCGGCCGGGUAACACCAGCCGCCCCGAGGAUCUCUUUGCCGGUCUGGAACUGCUGCUGCACUUCAAGCCGCUCUUCAUCCCCCUCUACUGCCUCCUGGUGGCUGUGGCCUGCCUGGGCAACGCCUUCCUGGUGGGCUGCAUCGCCGCCAACAAGAAGCUGCACAACACCACCAACUUCUUCCUGGGCAAUUUGUCGCUGGGCGAUCUGCUGAUGUGCCUGACCUGCGUGCCCCUGACGGCCUCCUACGCCUUCGAGGGGCGGGGCUGGCUCUUCGGGCGCGCCAUGUGCCACGCCGUGGCCCUGCUGCAGGCCGCCACCGUCUACGUCUCGGUGCUCUCGCUGGUGGCCAUCGCUGUGGACCGCUACGUGGUGGUGGCCUACCCCGUGCGGCGGCGCAUCGCCCCGCGCUACUGCGGCCUGGUGGUGGCUGCCAUCUGGGCCCUGGCCCUGGCCCUGGCUGCCCCGCCCGCCUGGCACACCAGUUACGUGGAUCUGCGGCCCAUCGGACAUGACUUGAUCAUCUGUGAGGAGUUCUGGAGGCAUAUGGAGAGGCAGCGGCUGGUCUACUCCUGCGCCAUGCUCCUCCUCUCCUACGUGGUGCCCCUCCUGGCCGUCACCAUCUCCUACUGCUCCAUCUCGGCCCACCUUCGCCGAAGGAGCCUGCCCGGCUCGGCCAACCUCAGCCAGGCCCGGUGGGACAAGACGAAGCGCAAGACCUUCCUGUUGCUGGUGGUUUCUGUCCUGGUCUUUGCCCUGUGCUGGCUGCCCCUGCAGGUCCUCAACCUCCUCCGGGACCUGGACCCCGAUUUCACCCUCCUGGAAAAGCGCUACAUCAACCUGGCCCAGGUCUCCUGCCAUCUGGUCGCCAUGAGCUCAGCCUGCUACAACCCCUUCAUCUACGCCUCGCUGCACCGCAAGUGCCGAGCCCACCUGCGCGGCUCCGUCCGGCACAGGCAGCGGCACAUCGGACAGUGCACCCGCGCCAACACCUGCCUCAGCCUCCUGCCUGACGCCCGGGGCUGGGACAGGACGAUUGAGCUGCCAGGGACAAUGCGGUCUAGGGAAGGGCCCUGCAACCCCUCCCACUGGGAGCAGGGUCCGGCUGCCAUGCCUGGGGCGCGCCCUUGGGUUUAG